GGGUAAGUAAGAAUCAUACUACAAACAACCGCUUAACUAGCCUAUCUAACACAUAUUCAUAUAAAAAUCGCUUAACUGGUAAGUCUACCACACAUCCAAACAGUGCUAAUGAUCGUCAUGGCAAGAAAAGUACCAAAAAAAGAAGCACGCCAUUCAGUGGUGUACACGAUCAUAUCAGCAGGAAAGAUACCAUGAAAACUCAGACACGAAGUCGAGGAGCAAUGAAUGAACGUGGCCAUUCGGAAGAAGCUGCAACUAAACACGCAUACAACCAAGAUGCUAUAGAAUAUCGUGGUAUAAACCACCUAGAACGAGGGGAUAGAUACACACGGCACAACUCACACGAAUCCCCGAACUACUUAGAGAUACGAGAUACCUACACGCAAUAUAACUCGCACGAGAGUGAUUGUUCACUGAAUCUGCGACUCAUGGUAAGUGUUAAGACUAAGACAGCCGGUGCAGAUGUGCAUUCUGGCUCUGCACAGGUCGAGUUACACAUGAAAGACGGAGAGCUACAACCACACACCCAAGUCGGAGAUAUACGACCACACACGAAAGUCAAUAAUACUGUGGAUAUAGUGCACGCGUGCAGCGCAUCCACUACCGACGGCAAGGAAAGCUUGCAAGAGGCAGUGGCAGGCCGUAGUACCUCAGAAGAAGCGGCGAAUAGCAGUGGAACAAUUAAACUAUCAGGUGCGUAUAGGCAAAAGGCAACAGACCACAACAAAAGUCAGGCUGAGUACGACAACGGUCGUACCAAUCACGCCUAUAAUCAGACACCAGAUGGCGAUGAGAUUUUUCCACACAGGCUUCACCGGGAAGAGUUCACGGAAGGCGUGGAUAGGGUUACACUGCUCGGGUGGCGGGCCAUGGAGUUAUACCUGCGCAAGAACUGGCACAAUCCGCAGAAGAUGAUCGAGGCGGUCACAACACUAGCGCAGAAAGGCGAAGCACGGUGUAGCGACAUCAGGCAGGCGAGACUCUACUACAUCUGCGUGAACUUCAUGAAACGCACUGAGGGCAGAGGCUCUGAGAACGCCAUGAAAGCGCUUUUGGCGAAUGCACACCGGUACAACCACUGCAUAGAUCUACCUACUGUCCUGACGGUCACAAAGGUCAUGUACCGAGAUGGCUGGCAUAGGGAAGUCAUUGAUAUCGCGAUGAAACUGCAGAGCGACCCAUCGCUUACGGAGACUGUGAAUGGUCUUAAGACGGUGGCCCGGGUGAGUACAUACGGUGUGCUGUCUAUGCUGCACAUGGGCGACUUUGACAGGGCGUGUGAGACGUUUAUCCGUCAGUGGCGAUACACUGUACUCCCUCAGAACGUUUACCUCGUAGUAGACCACAGUCUCAGGCCAAACCCCAACCCCAACAUCGCCUACAACCCAGCGAGAAUGGCCGACAGGCAGCUCAAAGCGGCAAAUGAGCGCACCAGGCUACUACCACCAGAUGCGGCGGAUACUACGCGCAUUGAAUUAGAUACGUUAUCAGUUGAAACAGGUUUGAGUGAGAAGAUAAAGCAGGCUAGUGCAGACGAUGAGACGAUGAGUGUGACUCUGGAGGUGUACUGUGCCGCUGAGUUGUUACAUCGGAUUGCCCAGCAUAGAGGCCUGCCCUACAGGUGUGUCGCGAUGUGGUUUCCCAUAGACAUGCGUAGGCGUUAA